AUGGGACCUUCGCGGCACUCUCGCGGAGGCACCACCACUAAAUGGCUCCUUGGGACGUUAUGUCUUCUACAACUUUCAAGCCUCUCAACCACGUCUGAGAUCUCAAGUGGGAGAGACCCGCCGGUAGUAGCGACAAUCCGUAAUGCUCAAGCUGGCCGCAGUCCAGCUGAGAUCCCUCUACUCAACCACGAUAUCCCUACCCCAAAAUUUCGAAACACGGACGAUGAAUACGAACGAUAUCGAGCCUUAGCUCCAGUAAGCCGCGAGCCUGCUGUUCGAGCACCAUCUGUACAGUCUGUAGAGUCGCAAGCACUCUCGCCGCUAGGUCCAGCGCGACUGUUGUCAGAUUGGGAGGCCGACGACAUUAUCCUGCUCUCUACAAUUGACGGCGCCCUUCAUGCCAGAGAUCGAAGGACUGGCCGCAAAAGGUGGACAUUGGAGAUUGAGAAUAACCCAAUGAUUGAGACCAUUCACUAUUUGCAAAACCGGUCCAACGCCGACGAACUCCUGGCACAAGAUGAUUACAUCUUCAUUGUCGAGCCGAGCAGUGACGGCCAGCUGUAUGCACAAUUCGCCGACCCUUCGCUCGGUCUCCUGAAACUUCCUACAACAGUUCGUGAGAUGGCCACGAAAGGUGCUGUAUCCAUGAACAUUACUGGCGAGUAUCUUACUACAACGAGUUCUCAAGAGUCGAAAGCAUACACGAUCGACGCUCAGACAGGUGAAAUCCUGAGCGAGUUCCCAAGGCCGAAGACCUCUGUCAAGACAGACCUACAACCACGAUGUCGUCCUCGUUCAGGUCUAGAUAUUGAGGAUUCUGCAUGCAAGCCUGAGAGAACCCUACGACUAGGCCGAAACACGUACACCUUUACUAUCUCUAGUGAAGCCACAGGACAAGAGAUUUGCACAAUCCGCUUUUCGGAGUGGGUCAGCAACAGAGCAGAUCAGGAUUUACAAACCCAACACUCGAGGUCUCUAGAUGACUACGACAUACAUACCUUUCACAACGGCCUGGUCAUGGGCGUCGAUGUGACCAACGACGAGCACAGACAACACAAAUAUCGUUACUCGCUAGAUACCCCGGUCGCACGCAUCUUCGAUGUUGCUAGAAAAGUCAACACUGGUACUGAUGAUUCCGACGAUCUUGUAUUACUUUCGAGAUCGGCCGACUACAUCAUUCCAGGAACUGCUCAGCUCAUGCGUCAAGACCCCGCCUGGAGUCAACGCGUCUUCAUCAAUCAGACCGAUGGUGGACAAUGGUAUGCCAUGUCAGAACAAUGUUAUCCGGGUGUUACUACAACAGCUUUAUUGGCAGGUGUAGAACAACGGAAACAAAAUCCUUAUCUUACUGAUCAGCCCUUGGAUUUACAUGGAGAGCUUAGAGAAAUUAUCGGCGUGCACCAGCUUUCUGGAGAAGUGACAAAUCCACAGAAGAGGUUGACUAUUGGGGCACCGUCACCCGCAGCUGCAGCAGAUACCGAUCUGAUCGUCGAACCUGAAAAAGCUUUAUUGCCAUCUGAAACACUGCUUGUCGAUAAUAACCUAUCCCAGAAGUUCUGGGGAGGUAUUUUUGGACUAGCAUGCAUUGUGUUGAGCUUUGCGUAUGGACGAUAUUCGCAAAGUCGAAAGACAGGCUUACUAAAGCUUCCUGCUGGAUUCGUGUCGAUCUCGGAGGAGCGUCAACCAGAUAACCAGGUUCCGUCAAAUCAAGUUGCUGAGAAGCCAUUACCGUCGCUACCUGUUGCAGCUCCACACGAUACUCCUGAGCCUCCAGUGGGCGAAGCACUAACUCCUAGCCAUAGUCGCAUGCAAAGCGUCGCAUCUGUUGCCAGCUCACCGAAGAAGGGAAGGGAGAAUUCAUCCGAUGACGAAUCUGAAGAUGAAGAAGGCCUAAACGGAGAUAACACAGUCCAACCUCUUCCUGAGGAGAGGAAGAAGAAAAAGACUAAGCGAGGAGUACGUGGAGGACGCAAGAAUAGAAAACGUGGAGAUGCUACAACUUUCGAGCCGAAACCAGUCGUCUCGCAAGAAAAGCAUUUGAAGGACGGCAUGGUCCAAGUUGGACGUCUUACGUACGACAGCAAGCUUGAGAGCUGCCUAGGGCAAGGCAGCAGUGGUACAGCAGUAUUCCCCGGAACUUUUGACGGACGAUGCGUUGCCGUGAAGAGACUUGUAAAGACUGCAAACAGUCUUGCAGAGAAAGAGAUUAGACAUCUCGUGUCUAGCGACGAGCACCUGAACGUCAUUCGCUACCACGGCAAGGAAGAAUCGCCCAGCUUCUUCUACAUCGCACUGGAUCGGUUCGACACUUCUCUCGAUCAGUUUGUCGAAUAUCCUAACAAGUACCCAACACUUGUCUCAUCAACUCGAGGAUAUGACGUGAAGAGUGCGCUCCGACAAAUCGCACAAGGUGUACAACAUCUCCACUCGCUGAAACUUGUCCACCGAGACAUCAAGCCGCAAAACAUCCUUGUGCGACCUGUCAGAACAAACAGACCUCUUCAAGAAGGUCAGCUAACACCUCUUCUUUUUGUCAUUUCUGAUUUCGGUUUAUGUAAGCCCCUAGAAGACGGUCCAGAAUCAGUCUUUGCUGCAACUCGAACUGCCGCUGGCACUACAGGAUGGAAAGCACCUGAGCUCCUAGUCUCUUCGCGGGACGCGAUUGCUGCGCCGACUGUCACGACCCCUGGAGUCAUCAGCUCUACACAGUCGCCGUCAUUCUCCAGAUCGACGAACACUUCUAGUGAUGGCACAAUCGUCGAUCCUCCAACAGGACGUCGUGCUACAAAGGCAAUCGACAUCUUCUCUCUCGGUUGUGUCUUCUUCUACGUGAUGACUCGAGGCGGUCACCCCUUCGACAAAGGCGGGUCGCCACUUGCCCGCGACCUCAACAUCAAAGAAGACAAGUACGACACCUCCCUCCUCCGAGACUCCUUCGUAGGCUACGACUACGACGCAGACGACCUCAUCAUGCAGAUGAUCAUGCACAACCCAAAACUCCGCCCCGACACCACCGGCGUCCUCCAACACCCCUACUUCUGGAAAAUCGAGCACAAACUCGACUUCCUUUGCGGCGUCUCCGACGCCUACGAAGAACGCAAGCAGAAGAUCACAAACAUCCACGACGAAAAUGCCCCACGCACACAAACCGAGCUCGAGUACCUUGACGAACUCGCCGCUCUCCAAGCCAAAGCCGAAUAUGUCAUCGGCCUACGUAAAGACGGCACUCUCCAGGAUUUCCUACAAGCUCUACCGAAGUCCUUCCUGAAUGAGAUGGGCAAACAGCGGAAAUACACAGGUACCAAAAUGAUUGAUCUGCUACGUGUGAUCAGGAACAAGAAGAACCAUUUCCAUGAUUUGCCCAAGGAUGUCAAGGAGAUGAUGCUCAGGCCUGUUGUUCCUGGUGCUGAGCCCAGGGGACAGAUUGAGGGGUAUUAUUCGUUUUGGAGGGAUAGGUUUCCUAGUUUACUGGUGAAUUGUCAUCAGUUGUUGUUGGAGAGGGGGUUGGUUGAGGAAUUUGGGAUGGAGAGGUAUUAUGAUGGGAGUUUGUUGUAG